CGUGGUGGCAGUCACAUGAUCUCCACAGAUGACUUGGAAUAUCCACGGGAGUACCGGACGCUGGGGAACAGCGCUCGACGCUUCUCCAAUGUGGGCCUGGUGCACACGUCGGAGCACCGCCACACCGUCAGCGCUGCCCAGAGCCUGGAGGCCCUGACCAACCUGCACAAGGCUGACAUGGAACGCAAGAGGGACGCCUUCAUGGAUCACCUGAAGAGCAAGUACCAGCAGCAGCAGCAGCAGCUGCAGCAUCCGCACCACAGCCCGCACCACAACCCGCCAUCGCCCUCACCCUCCCACGCCAGCAUGAGGGGUACUUCAGAGCGGUCUGCACGAGAACAGCAACAGCCCAACUACUGGAGCUUUAAGAGCCGCAGUCCAAGGCAUUCCCAGUCUACUCAGUCUGGGCUUGCCGACCAGGCCGCCAAGCUCUCCUUUGCCUCCGCUGAAUCCUUGGAGACCAUGUCAGAAGCAGACAUCCCCAUAGGGUUCAACCGGAUGAACCGAUUUCGCCAGAGCCUGCCGCUGUCCCGCUCUGCCAGCCAGAAUAAGCUACGAUCUCCAGGAGUGCUCUUCCUGCAGUACGGAGAUGAGACACGUCGGGUUCACAUCACCCAUGAACUGAGCAGCCUGGACACGCUGCACGCACUCAUCGUGCACAUGUUCCCUCAGAAGUUGACAGCAGGUAUGCUGAAGUCACCCAACACGGCCAUCUUGAUCAAGGACGAAGCGCGCAAUGUCUUCUACGAACUGGAGGACGUCCGGGACAUACAGGACCGCAGCAUCAUCAAAAUUUACCGCAAAGAGCCUAUCUACGCUUCCUACCCUGCUGCUGCACACCUGGCUAACGGAGACCUGAGGAGGGAGAUGGUGUACUCCUCUCGUGACUCCUCCCCAACUCGCCGGCUCAACACCCUCCCGUCCUCUACAGCCUCAGCGUCCUCUGGUUCUCCAUCCCGCUCACGCCUCUCCUACAGCGGGGGCCGUCCUCCAUCCUUUGCCGGGUCCCAUCCCCAGCAUGAACAGCCCCGACAUCCCCACCAUCCCUCAGCCGGCCACGCUGCCAACGCAGGCUUGUCUCCCUCGCCCAGCGCCAUCCUGGAGCGCCGUGACGUCAAGCCUGAUGAAGAAGUUUCUGCAAAAAACAUGGCACUGAUGAAGAACGAGGGGCUCUAUGCAGAUCCUUACAGCCUGAUGCACGAGGGCCGCCUCAGCAUCGCCUCCACACAGUCAUUAGCUACCAUUGGAGACCCCUUUAGCUUUCCUGUUUCCAGUGGCCUGUACCGCCGUGGCUCUGUGCGCUCACUCAGCACCUACUCAGCCGCUGCUCUUCAGGGGGACCUAGAGGACUCCCUCUACAAGCCUGGAGGUUCACUCUACUCUGACACAUACUCCUCAGCCACACUGGGCAUGGGUUUUCGCAUGCCACCGUCAUCCCCACAGAAAAUUCCAGACAUGCAGCUGAGGGACAGGGACUCGUAUUCUAGCUCACCCAGCAGAGCCUCACCUGUCAGGCAGACCUUCCGCAAGGACUCAGCCUCCUCCUCUGUGUUUGUAGAGAGCCCAAAGUCGAGGCCCAGCUCCAGUUCAGAGCCUCUGUGUCUGACAGCCGGGCCCGGGGAUGGUGGUAGGGCCACGCCUGGCUUUGGAAAUUCAAUGUCUGGACAAGACUCUGACAACAGCAGGGAUCAUCGUCUGGAGCGUAUGGAGGCAAUGGAGAAGCAGAUAGCCAGCCUUACUGGCCUGGUCCAGAGUGUGCUGACCAGAGCACCAGACAGUGACAGCACAUGCGGCCUUCUGCGUCUCUGCAUGAUGGCGGGCUGCCCUCCGGACCAAGGGACGGAGUUCUCACGGCCAUUACCUUUCUCUUCCAGCGAGAAGACCGAAACCAACAGCGACGGCUCCGCUACUGGAACUGGACGGCUGAAGCACAAAGCUCAUACACCAUCAGCACCUCUAGCUCUGAUGCCGCCGCCACCCUCAAACACAACCCCGGUGAACAGCCUCGGCCGCUUGCAGAUGCAGCUUCACCUGCACGGCCUGCAGCAAAAUGCCACCGACCUGCGCAAACAGCUCACCCAGCUACGCAAGACACAGCUAGAAAACCAGGAUUCGGUGCGAACUCUAUUGAAGCGGACCGAAGCAGAGCUGAACGUGCGUGUGGCUGACGCCCUGAGGAAGCAGGAAGAUCCUCUGCAGAGACAGCGCCUCCUGGUGGAGGAGGAGAGACUGAAGUACCUCAAUGAAGAAGAGCUCAUCAUCCAGCAGCUCCACGACCUGGAAAAGUCAGUGGAGGAGAUCCAGAAGGAGUCAUCUGUCAACCACAAGCUGGUGACAGUGCAGGAGCUGGAGGAGAAGGCCACUGUUCUGAGAAAGCUGGGAGAAACACUCACAGAACUGAAAAAUCAGUUCCCAGGCCUGCAGAGUAAGAUGCGGGUGGUACUCAGGGUGGAGGUGGAGGCUGUCAAAUUCCUGAAAGAGGAGCCACACAGGCUCGAUGCCCUGUUAAAACGCUGCAAGACUAUAACUGACACCCUUGCCACCAUGCGCAAACAAGCAAAUGGGGGUGUGUGGAAGAAGCAAGAAGACUUUUCUAGUCCUUCAUCAAAGCAUAAUGACGACUUGCGAAAGUUUUCAGACUUUGACAUCCCCACUAGCCCACCACUCACCAUCAAUGACCUUGGGGGAGGUAACAGCCUGUCCAACUGGAGCCCCCACUCCAGCCUCAGCCGUGGCCACGCAAACCUGUCUGGCCCUCACAAGGACAAUCAUCCUCCUGUUCCCAACAAGGGCAAAGCCCUGGAGGAGCUAGAACGGCGUGCUGCUGCUGACAAAGCUUUGUCUGUGGAAGUUCGACUGGCAGCAGAGCGGGACUGGGAGGAGAAGCGGGCCAGUCUGACCCAGUACAGUGCCCAGGAUAUUAACCGGUUGCUGGAGGAGACCCAGGCUGAGUUAAUGAAAGCUAUUCCAGAUUUGGACUUUGCUGCCAAGCAAAUCAAGCCCUCCUCUAACACACCAUCAUCCCAGAACCCCCAAAGUGGGGCAGGAACCCCAGAGCACCGCGUUAUCAAGCCACAGCACAAACUGUCUGGGAAAGAGGGAGGAUGCAGGCGGGGCUCUGAUGAGCUGACAGUACCACGGUAUCGCACAGAGAAACCCUCCAAGUCUCCACCUCCUCCACCACCUAGACGCAGUUUCCCAUCUUCUCCAGGCAUAACCACCCGCAGCGGAGAGCCCCUCAUUCCUGGAAAAAGUAUAAAGAAGUCUGAAUCUGAAGAGACUGAAGGCCAGAAGCCUCAUGUGAAACUGAGGAGGGCUGUGUCUGAAAACCCUCGUCCUGCAUCUACACCUCCCACACUUGCCUCUGGGGACAAGGAGGAGAGAGAGGAGGAGAAAAUUGCUGCAGAAUUGGAGCUGUUUGAGAGAGCCCCGCUCAGGCUUGCUCUGUCCCCUCCCCUUCCCCUACCUGUUAGUCCUCACAGCAGGAAAAGUGUACCUCCCUGCAGACUGGACCUGUGGCCCUCUGAGGCCCCAGGCACUGAGGGAAGGCACUUAUCUCCUGUCCCCCACAUCGUGUUGACAGAGUGUUUGCCUGCUUCGUCCACUGCCUCAGAGGAUCCUGUCAGAGAUUUAGCAGAUGACCCUGUAGAAGAGCGUCCAUCACGAGAUUCGACUGGUCAUUAUACCGUCUACCAGACUCAAAUUUCAAAAGAAAGGGGUACAUUUGAAAGCCCUUCUCAGCAAGAGCAGUCUUGUUUUAAAGAGGAUAUGGAGUUAAAACAGGAGGUUUCCCUGCUGUUGACAGAUUUGGAUGUGAUGGUGGUGUCUCCAAUUGAGGCCCAAGAGUUCAGCAGGAUGACAGGACAAGCUUUGCAUACUCUGACUAUCUCACCACAGACCAAAGAAAUCUCUGAGGUUCAGCUGAGUGUCCGGCCUCUCCUAGUGCUCCUCAAGGAGGAAGAAGCUGUCAGGGAGGCCUAUAGGCGACUGCAUACCCUUUUGGAGAUGUCCAAGCCGGUGCCCAAACCCAGGAUAAAAUCCUCUCCUCACGCGGGCCAGGAGAGCUCUCUGAUGGAGGCUCUGAGAAGAGGGAUAGAGACAGGGGAUAAGGUGCUGACACUUCAGCACAACACUGGAACUAAGACGAUUCCUGAGGUACAAAAGAAUCUAUCCCAGAAGAAAACGAGAGAAGAUAUCCGACGCAGCACCUACAGGAGGCUGGACAGCUUGGAGGAGACUAUUCGUGAGCUGGAGAACACCUUGAUAGAGAUCAGUGGCCAUCCAACUGCAGAGCAGCUCUACACUGAGACCACCACCAAAACCGCUACUGUGCAGAUGACGGGCAGUCCGACCUCAGAGACCAAGAAGCCACCAGUCCCACCCAAGCCAUGCUCUUUGAGCCCAGCAUUGAUCCAGGGAGGGAAUAUUUCUAGUGUUGGCAAAGUUCUCCACUCAUCAGCUGCCUCCAAACUGAAGCACCUGCAGCAGAACAGCACAGACAAGACUAAAAGUGGCAAAAGAGAGGACUUCAUGAAGACCCAGGGCCAGCAGCAGGCCUUGGGGACCAACAGCACCAGUGGCAGUAUUGAGCCAUACCUCUCUGGUAUCAAAACGGGCAUGUUCUCAGGCCGAGUGCCCUCUCCUGCAGCAGCGUUUGCCCCUGGCCUGAGGAAGUACCCCCAGGAAGGAGCAAUGCCCUCCCUGACAGCCUCCUCCAGCCAAGCGAAGGCCCUGCUGGCGAGCCUUUCUGCCUCCGGCUUGAGCACUGAGGCCCUGCUCCUCUCCUCCACUCUCCGUCAUCACCGCCUUCUACGUGAGCAGCGAGCCUCCUCUUUGCCCCUGCCCGGCAGCCAGUCCUCCUCCCCGACUCCCCCUGCUACCUCCUCCUCCUCCUCCUCCUCUUCACCCACCACCCCAACUCCUUCUCUGUCUCCCUCCUCUCCCACCCCUUUGAGUUCCCUUACCCUCUCUUCUGCGACUCUCAAGCGCAGUGCUUGUAGCCUUGACUGCUCCAGCCUCAACAGCUACAAGGAGGGUGGCAGCGAGCCUGUGAAGAAGGACAUCACCCCUGGCAACUCUCGGUGAUGAAGAGGAGGAGGAUGAGGACAUGGGACAAUUCAAGCAUCAUCACAUCAUGAACCAUAAAGAGAAAAUGACUACAUUAUGGAAAAUUCCAGCAUUUUUUUAGAGUUGUAUUUUCUUUCAGGUAUUUUUGGCUUUUUCCUCUUCUUGUUUUCCUCUCUACUUUUGGCCUCACUCCAAUUUGCAGAGUCUUCAUAUUCCAUGGCAAGAACUACCGUACUGUAAAUGGAGUCCCAAUCUUCUUCUUGGGACAAGUUUCCACUCACAUCUGGUUCUGUAGUUUCUCUGCAGUCCUCCCACGCAGUCAUACUGCCAGUUUGCCAGAUAGAGAGCACACAAAUGGGCCUCCCCUCCUACCAGCUGCCUGGUAUAAGCUGAUGUGUCUGGAUGGAUUCACUGACAGUAGCAGUCUCAUAUAUACCCUCACUCAGUGGGUUGUUAGUGGAGUAGACAUAAUUUCUAGACUGUGACUUUUAUCAUAGAAAAUAGAACUGCAAUAAUCACCAAGCGAGUCCAGUAAUUGUGUGUGUUCAGGAUAAUAUUGCUCUCACUUACCUGCAUCACCUGGCAGAAUGUGAGCACGUGCUAAAAAAAAAAAAGUAGAUCAAGGUGAUGAUGUGGUUUCAAGCUGUUUUGUGUUAAAAGGCCAUUUGUAGAUUUUCUUGCAUCAACUGUGUUUUAAACUCUGAACUGGUGCUAUAUUUUCCCCUCCGUUUGUACACACUGUGUAAAGAGUUUACAUGAUCGUCCUCCAUCCCCAAUCUUUCACCUGCACUUUGUUGCAAGUGUACAUUCCACAGUCUGACAGUCUGCUUUUAUUUCAUGUCACACGGUUUGAAUAUUUGUAAGCAUCCCUACAAAAUGAAAUCCUUGCAUCAAACAUUAAGAACAAUUAUAGAAAUUUUUCCAUUUAAAAAUGUAAUUUUCAAAUUAUAAUGUAUUCACAAAAGCACAUUGUAGGGAGCAGUCUUAUGACAGCACAUUUCUAUUUAAAAUAGAACCAGGAGGUACAGUUACACAAACAGAAGGGAAAAAUGUUAAGGGUGAAUUGUAUAAAAAUGGUGAAUUUCUGUAUAUGUGUAUUAACUAGUUAAUUAUGACAAUCAGGAUGUUUCUGCAGUAGCAUCUUUCUGGCAUCUUAGCACCUGACAUUUAAACCUUCCCAAAGACUCAAGCACACACAGUGAUUAAUAAUACACACAUUCUGUCACACAUGCACUUGUAAAGCCAAGCUGUUUGUAGAAGCACACACUCUACUCCUUUUUUGUUUUGAUGAUGAUUCAUCUUUAAGACACAUCUGUCGCACCACUGAUAAAGAGCAGUCUGGUAAAAUAUGCCACAUCGACCAGAAUAUGACUUCACCCUUUAAGGAAUCUGAUCUACAGAGUGACAGAUCCAAGUAGUUUCUUUUGGGACGCUUGUUUCUUUUGAAACUUCAAAGUAAAUCUGCUGGGAAGCAGCUUUCAAAGUUCUCAGCAAUUUGCAGGUCUUAUUGUAAAACAUAAUAACUUCUUUGAACAAGAACAAAAUAUAUCUUUCACUGCAGUAAAUUGAUCGCACAACAGCUAUGACCCACUUUAAACUCUUGAGUAGUGUUUUAAAGAUAUAAGAAUGUUAACCAGCACAUAUUUAGAGACUUCAGAUAUAGCUUGACCCUAAAGGGCCUGAGAGGAGAAUAUAGAAAUAAAAAGCAACCAGUUUCCUCUCAAACACGUGACCCUUUCCUCUAAUUUUGACCGUGUAAAGUUAGUUAACCUUGACAAGCACAAAGCAAGUGUUUCUUGAAGGAAAAAAAAAACAUCUCUGCAUAUUUAAAAUACUGAUAAAUAUUGCUGUUGCCUCAUUUGGUUUGAUUACCUAUGAAUGUUAGGCCUUUGGUGUGUCUUAAUGACGGUAGUUGAAGUUAUUAUUUAAAGCACAUCAAAGGCCUGUCAGUGUAAGCCCUGCACAAGGAACCAUUUUGAAGCUCUCUGUCCUGUGUUAUUGCCUUAAGGCUGCCCACUGGGGAGGUGAUGGGGUUGAACGGACAGUCAAAGACAAAAUGAUUUUUCUUUUCCAGUCGAUCACUACAAUGUCUGUGUGAAAUAGAUUUUUUUGUGGCAUUGAGAUUAAAACAUGUGCAAAGGGGCUUGUGUCAAAGAGUAGGCAGCUUGAGGAAAGGGGAUUAGUUUGGGGACAUGUGUUUGAAGGCUACUUUAAUAAGAAUGGCUUUGACUUGCCUUCUCUCCAUUGAGAGUGCUUGUGAUAUAAAGGACCCAAAGAGAUGAGAGGAAGGGUUUGACAGUCAGAGAGCCAUUAAGCGGCUGUUCUUUCCCCUGCCCCUUUCACUUUGCUUUGUCUUUGGUGUGAAAUAAAAACCACUCAGUUGAGGUUAUCUUAGGAUAAAGUUUGAUGGGCCUCAAUUCAUGAACAGUAACUGUGUGUGCAAUAUGUAAUUAGCACUCUACACUAGCACUAGCAGUUUUACCAAGGCAGUGCUCUUUGCCUUUGAGAAAGGCCUCUUUGUCUGCAAGGACCUGUUACCAUGUCUUUCCCAGUGCCUCUAAGACUUUGUUCUUGCCAGUACAGUAUUAUAUCAGCAGCAAUGACAGAAUAACACUUUUACCCAAAGAAGAGGCUGCGAGAAUUGGCUUGAUCCCAUUUUUCGCGGAAAAAAGAAAACAGCAGUUGAAAUGCAGUGUGUGUUGAGUUGCAGCGGUGGCAUUUGACUAAACACUCCCCGAGCUCUAACAAUGUGCAAAACUGCAAGCUCAUAGCACAGCGAAUUAAGCCUCACCCUGGGUGCUCUGUAGCUCUGCCAGGCAGGUUCAAGCCCUGGGUUUCAUAUUGAGUGAAGUCAAAUGAAAGAAAUUCACUUACUCAUGCUGUUCCACACUCAAAUCCACAACUCUCCGACUUAAAUUUGCUGCAUUUGCGUCUGGUGAGCGUUGGGGAGGAAGUAUUCACGCUUGGCUGCCUUCCCCAAGUAAAGUCUGAGAUGAAACCUCCCAGAAUUGCGUGACAGUGCUCUCUGCAAUGAUUUUUUCAAGACAAGUGUUAGUGGGCUGUGAUUUUAUCAUGGCUGGAGGCUUAGAGGGCAUGUCGAAGACACUCACAGAGGAUGCCACUGGCAAUCAGAAAAACUCAUGCAAACUUGAAAUCAAACAUAGAUGAAAUAUACAUAUAUAAAUAUAUCUAAGUGAGAUGUUUGUGUAUGAUAUUAUAAUUGUGAAGAAAAGUGUGAUAUAUAUAGGCCUAGGUUAAAUUAUAUACUGUAAAAUGUCAUCAUCUCUUCAGUUUUAUAUAUUAGUGACCAUUUUGUACAGAUUUUUCUUUUUUAAUUCAUUGACAGAGAUAUUACAUUUCACACUGAGAUUAUUUAUUCAUACGCAGAACAUUUUUAUAUUUGUUUAAAAAUAUCUGUAUAGAUAACAGUUAGCCUCUGUAAUAUACACUGAAGUUCAUUUUUAAAUUCUAGGAUUUUCUUAGUUUACAAACACUGAGUUAGAUUUUAUGUAAGUUUGAUUUACAAAAAGCUUGUCCCUGAAAACACUUGUCCAGCUCGUCUGCACCUUUGCCUCCUCAUGUGAAGGACCACUAUUGAGGUGUAAGAGGUUGGACCAGUGCCUGUGCUUAGGGGCUUAUUUUGCUACUAUCUUUUUGUUUUAGGGGGUUGUUUUCUGUACCUGUGGUCUGUUUUUUGGUUUCACCCCAUCCUGUAUUUGUGAUUCAACUGGUAUUAGUGAGUUGGAGAUGGUCAGAAACACUGAUAUUGUGGUAACUACUGUGAAAGGUCAGUUUAUGGGCCCAAAGGCUUCAUAGAGAGCCUUGCUGCUUUGAGAAAAGUAAGUUAAAUGGCUUUAAUUUUUCUGUGUCAUGUUUGCAUGUGAACAAGAGUGGUAGAAAUGACAAUGUGGACGCUCAGUGCAAAAGCAUUCAGAGAAAUUCUUAAUCAUAACAACUGGUGAAAGUACAUUUUGAUGCUUAUUCUGUUCCAAUUGUUGCACCUAGUGGCUUUAAGUAGCAGUUAAGCUAAACCACAGAAGUUGUUAAAACCACCAAGAUGGAGCAGUAAGGGAAUUAUGUGGAGUUGUGUGAAUUCAAAGUUUUAUCUGUUCCUUUGCCAUUUUAUCUUUUUUUAUAAUGAACAUUCUAUAGUAUGUAUAUGAGAUUUUUACAUGGAUGUGUGGAUGUUCAAAAAUCUUGGCAUCAAAAGUAGAAAAACAAAAUUGACUUGUAAAUAGGCCGAGUCAUUCCUAGCGAGUUCAACAAAUUGUUAUGUCCAAAAGAAGAUGUUUUAUUAAUAAACUAUGACGAUGGGUACAAAGGUAUAUACAAAACAAUGCAUGUAUAGUCUCAAGCAAUCGCACGGUGCAGUUGAAAAAAAUGUUGUCUACAUGUUUUCUCAAAAAAAUGAGAAAGAGAGAAAGAGAAAAGUGGUUCUACAGUAUGUUGCAGGUUAACAAACAUGAAGAAUGAGACAUUAUUUUGGUAUCUGUGACACAGGCAUGUUCAGUCUUACUGUGAUGUUAUGUGACGAUGAAGAAGACGAUAGUGGCCAAGAGUGUUGAAUGUCUAGAAGGAUUCAGAAUGCUUGAACGCACCCCAACCAGAAAAGUCACCAGUGAUGGUGUACUCUUUCCACGGAGUGAUUCUCCCAUUUGUAGAGUAGUGUGAUAUAAGAACAAAAAUAAUACAGAAAAUAGAUCUAUAAUAUAAUAAUAUAUAAAUUUAAAAGCCUACUGAUACUGGAGAUACUAAUUUAUCAGUGUGGAUGCCAUGAUAUUCUGUGAGAAAUGUGUGUGUUUUUCCUGUGAGAAGACAGUAGGCAGUUGAACCUGCCUUCUUUUGUACAUAAUUUGCUGUGAUUGUGUGUCCAAUAAA